AUGUUCAUGAGCAAAGAGCUGGAUAAUGGAACAGAAUGCCCAGCCUGUGAUUCCGCUCAGAUUCUUUCCUUUGAUGCAAAUUUUGGCUUGGUGAGGAAAAAGUCUAGGAGAACCAUUUCAGUGGAUAAUUUCCUAGCCACACAGAAAUGCUCCACAAAGAAAGGAGAAGGGGAAUGCAGCAACUUCCAAGCUGGAAGUAAUAUAAGAUCGAAAUCACGUACCCUCAAGCUGGAUGAAACAGCAGUUUUUGGCUGUGCAUGCCGACACGAGUUUCCUCGUCUUUUUUUCAAUCUGAAGCAUGAUGAAAGGCAAGCACAUUCAGCACAAGUUGAAGAAGGUGGAGAUCACAGAGUUAAAGACAGUAAACAGCAAUUGGAUAAACUGAUAAAAGAGCAGAAGGAGCCCGUGAACCUGGCAACUGUUGAGCAAUGGCAGUCAGAAGAAAAAACUGCAUGCCAGGUAGCCGAUGGGUCAAUGACAGCAAGAGACAAAUACCUGUUGGCUCUUUAUGACCUGUAUAGCAAACAGUCUUCAGUUGUUGAAUUGAAUCAAGAAGAAGAGAGUACAAACCUGAAGUUUUAAGGCUUGCUGAAAAGGUUCAGAGGUUCCAUCAUAAUGGCCAUGAGGUGAUGGUGAGUGGCAGUGAAGAGUAUAGGCAGGCUUUGUCCAGUGCUGUCGAUAGCCACCGCAGAACCCAUAUCAGCAAUCUCAGGGCUGUUGCUGCAGAAAGAAGGAGCAGCUUGAUGCAGCUGCAUGCAGCACGUGGACAGGAGGUGACCAAGAAAAUCAGCAAGACUGUUUCUAAACUUAACAACAAAAUAAAAUUGCUAAUCACUAACUACAACAGCUAUAGCAAUGUUGAAGCCACCUUGCCAGCAACCCUUAGCUUUAAAAUGAUUCCUCUGAGGAUUGUCAGGUAUUUUCGAAAUUACCAGGGAUCUCAGACAUUCAGAGGAAAAGAAAUAUACAUAAAAGAUAUGGCUGCACGCUGUACAGAGGAAAGGCACCUUUUGAAAGUUGAAGCAGCUACUGCAAGUCAUUUUUAUCAACAAAAAAAUGCACUGUGCCAACAGUUGAUGGCUGGUCAGCAGCUUACAGCCGACAACAUUGAUUCUGCAUGCAGCCGGUACAGAACAGGCUGGUGUGCACUGUUGUAUCAACAGAUAUGUACAUAUGAAAAGCAUCUGGCAGAUCUUCAGUUUUCCAGUAGCUCAGAAUUAAUUCAACUCCAAGAACCUUAUCCCUUGGUGGACAACGAGCUGCUAGAAAUCUCCAAUCUAGAACACAAUGAAUUCGUGUCAAUGGUGGAGGAGGGACUUGAAGAAGAUGAUGAUGCAGAAGAUGACGAAAGCGAAUGUGAUGAAGAUAAGGAUAGUUAAUAGCUGAUAUUUCUUGAUUAUGAUUUGUAUGUGGGUUUGUUUUUUUUUUUUAACAUUUAGUUUGUUUAUUGUUUCUAUGUUAGAAAUCACUCUCAGAUUUAUUUUUUACCUUUUUCUUUUUUUUUUUUUUUCCUUCCUUGAAGGCUAUGUGAUUUGCGUAGAUUUUUUUGCAAUAAUAUGCAGUAUGACAUAAUGCAUCCAUCAUAUAUACCACAUAUCAUGAAUGCACUGAUACGUAAACACAUUUUCUAAAGCGAUACUGCCAUCUAUCAUGGUUCAGGUACAAUGCUGGACAAAAUCAUGCUAGUUCUCAUAGUUAUUACUAGCCGAAGACUGAGAUUUGCAAGCCAGUAUCUUCUUCUUCUUCUCGAUCACUCUAAAUGGACACGCCUGCCUCCUGCACAAACGAUGCUGUGCGCCGCAGGAGGCUGCCGUGUAUUUCCUCGACACUGGCGUCUCAUCAGUC